GGCGGGGACGGGGGCUCUGGGAGGCCGCCGGCGGUGCGCAGCACUUUGCUGUCCCCAAGCCAUUGUCCCCGGGGCGGGGCCGGCCUCAGCCACGCCGCCCCGAAGUGCUGAGUUGGGAAGAGCGCUGGGUGCUGAUGCAGAGGACUGUCCCCCAAAGCGUGGAGGAGGCCGCCGGGGGCCCCGCCGUGGCCAUGGACGGCUACCCCAGCCCUGUGCCCGCCUUCCUUACCAAGCUGUGGACGCUGGUGGGGGACCCUGAGACGAACCAUCUCAUCUGCUGGAGCCCCAAUGGAACCAGCUUCCACGUACGUGAUCAGGGCCGCUUUGCCAAGGAAGUUCUGCCCAAAUACUUUAAACACAACAACAUGGCCAGUUUUGUGAGACAGCUCAACAUGUAUGGUUUCAGGAAGGUGGUGAGCAUCGAGCAGGGAGGCUUGGUGAAGCCAGACCGGGAUGACACUGAGUUCCAACACCUGUGCUUCCUCCGAGGGCACGAGCACUUGCUGGAACACAUUAAGAGAAAGGUCUCUGUGCUGCGGAGUGAGGAGAGCCGGCUGCGCCAGGAGGACCUGAGUCGGCUGCUGUGCGAGGUUCAGCUGCUCCGAGGACAGCAGGACAGCGCUGAGGGCCAACUCCAAGACCUCAGGCAGCAGAAUGAAGUCCUGUGGCGGGAGGUAGUGAGCCUUCGGCAGCAACACCAUCAACAACACAGGGUUAUCAACAAGUUGAUCCAGUGUCUCUUUGGCCCACUUCAGGCUGGGCCCAGUGGUGGGGCUACCAAGAGAAAACUGCCCCUGAUGCUGGAUGAAGGGACCGGGCCACACUCUGGGGUCAAAGUCAGCAGGCCCCUGCCUAAGCUGCCCCUGCAGGAUUCCUACUUCAUCCAGUCACCUUCCACAGAGCCGUCCACCUGCCACAGCAGCCCCAGAGGACUGAAGGGACCCAUCAUCUCGGACGUCUCUGAGGCCUCCCCCUCCCCUGAAGGAAUCAUGUCACCUUCCUCCGGCACUGGGAGGGAGAAGGGCCUGGUGCUGCUCAAGGAAGAGCCAGCCAGUCCCGGGGGGAAAGGCACAGCUGGUCCGGGUGUCGCCCCAAACGACUAUGACUUCUACAUGACAGCCCCACCCGUGCUCCCUGUGGCUGUGGUGCAGUCCAUCCUGGAGGGCAAGGGGAGCUGCAGCCCCGAGGGGCACAGGAGUGCCCAGCAGGCAGAGAGAAGGGGCCCGAGGGGGCCCCCAGACAGGGAGUUGGGGGAGCCCCUAGAUGUUGCAGACCUGAGCCUAGAGAGUUUACAGCUGUUGCUUCGGGGCCAGUCUGGCAGCUUAGAGCCCGAGGGGGGACUGGAGGUGUUCAGCCCCGGCCUCCCAGGAAGCGAGUGGAACCUGCUAGAUAUGGAUGUGGGGCUGUCCCUGAUGCAGCAACUCCCCAAAGACAUGGAGAAGAGUGAGAGCGAGCUAGUGUCCAAAGGGUUGAAUCCCCCGGGCUCAGGAAAGGAGCCGGCAGCCUCCAGGAGCCCCCGAUCCUUCCCGAUGGAAGCCCCCUCGAGCUUCGGAGCUCCGGCCCUCGGGGUCCCCGGUGCCUUGGCCCUUUAUGACCCCUCGCAGACCCUGGCCCAGAAUGGGACUCGGACCCCGUACCUGAGCCCAGGGGCUAGCCCCGACCCAUAAGAGGGAGGUCCUGAGGGCAGGGCCAAUCAGAGCGGGCCAGAGUGAUUCGGCGCCCCUCCCCAUUCUGGGCCGCUUGGUUCGGAUUCCCGCCCAACCUCUCACCCGCCCCCCCCCCCCCACCACAUGCCCACCCCAGGAGUUGCAAGGCCUCGGGCCUGAGUGAGUGUGCCAGGCAGCGAAUUGGGCACGUAGCGCCCCUGAGUGCGCUGAGCGCCCCUGGCGGGAAACAGCCCCACCCCAGAAGCCCAGGGCUCCGCCUCGCCGCCGGCCGGUGCGGCGGGGCCAGAGGGCGGGGCCCCGGCCUAGAUUUCAUUGGCUCUGGGGCCCGCCUCCACCCCGCCCCCCACGUGGUGUUCCCUCCCCCAGCGCCCUGACCCCUACCCCGCCCUUCCCUGC